AUGGUGCUGAGCGUGGAGCAGGUGACCCUCAUCGGGCAGGUGUUCGAGUCGUACGUGCUGGAGCACCACCGGGAUGACAUCCUGGGCAUCCUCAGGGACACAGACCACCAAGCACAUUACCCUGUCGUCGUCGACGAGGCCACGGACGCUCUGCAGCUCAGCCUCAAGCAGAACCUCCACGCCAGGGUCUCGGGCUUGCCUGUUUGCCCAGAGCUGACUCGAGAGCACAUUCCUAAAACCAAGGAUGUGGGUCACUUUCUGUCUGUUACUGGGACUGUCAUACGCACCAGUUUGGUGAAAGUUUUGGAGUUUGAACGGAGUUACAUCUGCAACAAGUGCAAGCAUGUGUUUGUUGUCAAGGCUGACUUUGAACAGUACUACACAUUCUGUCGUCCAUCAGUCUGUCUUAAUGAAGAUGGCUGCAACUCAACCAAGUUCACUUGUCUCUCUGGAACAACCUCUUCCCCUACCUGCUGCAGAGACUACCAAGAAAUCAAAAUUCAGGAACAGGUUCAAAGGCUGUCUGUUGGAAGCAUCCCACGUUGCAUGGUGGUUGUUCUGGAAGAUGACUUAGUGGACAGUUGCAAGUCUGGAGAUGACAUCACCGUGUACGGAGUGGUAAUGCAGAGGUGGAAACCUUUCCAUGAGGGUGCACGCUGUGACUUGGAGCUUGCUUUAAAAGCCAACUAUAUUAAAGUGAACAAUGAGCAGCUAGCAGGGAUUGUCAUUGAUGAAGAAGUUCGCAAGGAAUUUGAAGACUUCUGGGAAAGGCAUAGGAAUGAUCCCUUAGCAGGGAGGAAUGAAAUUUUGGCUAGCUUGUGUCCUCAAGUGUUUGGAUUGUACCUGGUGAAGCUGGCUGUAGCCAUGGUGCUUGCUGGGGGUGUGCAGAGGAUUGAUGCCACUGGAACUCGGAUCAGAGGUGAAUCACAUCUUUUGUUGGUUGGAGACCCAGGUACAGGGAAAUCUCAGUUCCUCAAGUAUGCAGCAAAGAUUAUGCCACGCUCUGUGCUUACUGCAGGAAUUGGAUCUACCAGUGCAGACAAAUAUGACACCUUUCCAGAGCUCAUGCCAUGUGAUGGGCCAGCAUCGUUUGGUUUCUCCUGA